GAUCACAUGCUCACGACGUCAUCAAAGGUCCUUUAGACCUCUGUUGUGUGAGAGUACACUGUUGUUCUGAGGGGAAGCCGCCCGGUACUCCUUACAUCGCAGAAUGACGGACACCUCUGAUACAAAGCAGACGUAUGAGAACAUGUUUUCUCACCGCUUCACAGCACAGGAUGCCGAGUAUCAGGAAUAUUUGAAAAUGCCAGAAAGCCAACCACCUAUUGUUGAAGACUGGAGGGGAGGCAACCAGAGGAAUCAGGACAGGUAUAGAGAUAACAGACACCAGAGAAGCUGGGAAGGAAGACGUGACUGGUCCAAUAACAGCUAUAAUCAACAGCGAGGUGGUAGAGGCUGGGGUAGUAACCACAACCAAUACAGACAGGAUCGAUCUUACCAUCAGGCAGGAGGACACCACAGCUAUCAUUCUGGAAACCAGAGAUUUUACCCUGAUCGUUAUUAAUGAUAUCAUCAUGGGGUGUAAUAUUUUUGUCAGCAGCGCGAUCUGUGUUCCCCAUAAGCUAUCGGAAUAUCAGCAAAAUAGAUGCCGAUACCGAUCAAAAUCCUGAAUAUCUGCCGAUAAUAUCGGUAAAACCGAUAAUCGAUCGAUACUAGAAAUCACAAUGCAGUUAAAAAACAUAAAUUAGAAGAACAUCAAAGUUUAGUUUUUACAUCGGUGGAGAAAAGCACACCUAGAGCAGAGCUGUACCUGAGCACCUGGAGUGCGGGAAAAUGAGGUAAUACAUGCACAUCUUGUCACCACAUAACCCAUAUUUUGUCAUUUGGUGUAGGCCACUUCUGUAAUGUUGAAGGUCCAUCCAAUGCAUUAGGAGUGGAGUAGUAGAACUAGAGCAUAUUAUUUUUUUUUAUUUUUUUUAUAAAUAGGCCCAAGAAACAGAAAAUUGGAAAUAUCAGUCAGUCAUUUUAAAAGUGAUAGAAGCAGUACACCCCAUUUAAGAGAAUCUGUCACCUCCCUGGAGAGCUGAUGGCUAAAUGCUCCUCGAGUCCAGCGCAAUAAUUUUUUACGGUCAAACUACCACCUUUCCCAUUGUAAUACAUCGAGUGGACUGGUCAGUCCUCCCAGUGUAUUACGGCGCUGGCUUGUGGGUUCAUAGCACAGUGGGUGGUGUCUACCAUGAGGCUAAUAUAAUCUGCUCUUCAUUAUUCAGACAUUUUUGUGAAUAUCUGCUGACAGUAUUGUGAAGUAGUAGUUCCUCAAUAAAACACUUGACCAUCAUGUUAUAUGUACGGUAGAUUAAAAUGUGGUUGAUUUUUAUUAUUUCA